AUGUAUUCUCAUUAUUCUUCACAUGACUUAACAUCGACGUUGAAACACGUAAGGGAAUUAAUGAUCCAUCAGUCUGAUAGCUUCUUUCCUUUUAAGGCUAUAACUUUGUCAUCGCACUCACAAACUCUUAGUUUUACAAAUUGCGAUGGCCAUCUCCAAAACCCUUUUGGCUUCCCUUCUUCUUUCUCUACUUUACUUCGCCUUGCUGAUUCGUCUGAUACAAAGGUGGUCAAGAACCCGGUGGAGAAUUCUGUGAUCAGUGAUGGAAAAAUAGAUUGUGGUAAAGCUUGUGCCGAGAGAUGCAAGUUAUCGUCGAGGCCGAACCUAUGCAAAAGGGCAUGUGGAACAUGCUGUUCUCGAUGCAGCUGUGUUCCUCCUGGCACCUAUAACAACUAUGAUGCGUGUCCUUGCUACCGUGAUAUGACCACCCAUGGCGGUAGACAUAAAUGCCCAUAGACCAUCGAUACAAUAAGUAUAUAGUAAAUUAUAUAAUAAGAUUGUGAUGGCAAUAAUCAAUCGCAGUGUAAAAAGACAUGGUUGUAACUACUUGUUUCAGCUUUAAUUAUAGUGAAGUACUCGGAGU